AUGUCUACAGCUACUUCUGGUGAUGAUAUGAACAUCCCAGAGGGUUCGAAUGAAAAAACAGAUGAUGUUGCUCUUCAAGAAUCUUCAUUGUCUCAUUCCAAUGAAAUUAAAGGGACUGGUAGAACAUCCAAGAUUGAAGAAAUAACUAGAGAUCUUGAACGGCUUCAAGUAGAUGCCAAUGAGGAGCUGGGAGACGUCGACGGUCCCCCAGAAGUCUUGGAAAGUGAGGUCGAAACUGCACGCAAAAAGAUAAAUGAGAGUGUGAACGAUGAGCACACACUCGAACUUCAGCAUCCGUUGGAUGAGCCUAUAAUCGCCAAGAAAGUGAAAGUGCAAUCAAAAGAUGCCGAAAACAAUGAAGAUUAUGAUUCGGAUAUGAGCUUGUCUGCAUAUGCAGACCCAGUGGAGAAAACUACGGUUAUUUCUACAUUGGAAGAUGGGCCGUUAAAGGACCCAUCUACGGAUAAGCAAGAAGGGGAAACAAAUCAUUCGGAUACUAUACGCUAUUCAGAUGCCACAGAAACUACUCCACGCAAUUUAGAACAUGACCGGCCACCCCCAUUACCUUCGAGAACGAAUGUCGAAAAUCUAAAUGAGGGGUUACUCCAAAAGGGACCAGUUCAUGCAGUUCCUCCUCCUUUAGCUGAGGAACAGAAGUCUGAGGUUUUUCAAAAGAACGUUGCCAUCUUGAAAUUGAAAAGUGUGCCACCUGCGGUUCCACCUAGGUCAAGCCACAAGCGGUCAGGUAGCGCCGAUUUUGACUUAGUCAUAAGUCGUUUUCAGGAUAAUGAAGAUGAAUAUUUGUCGAAAGACGAUAUUACUCAAGAAAAUCUUCAAGAAGGUGCACGGCUACUUAAAUCAAGUUUCACUGCAUUCUUAGAGACCAUCGAGCCCGACCAUGACCUCCCGCAAGAUCAUGAAGAACAUCGAGAGCUGGUGACUACUGAUUGGCCCUUCUGGACAAGGCUUGUCAGCAAUUAUGCCGAAGUUGCCAAGAAAGACUCUACCAAGUUAGAGCAGGAAGUUGCAAGUGGAAUACCGCCCCAAAUCCGUGGAAUUAUUUGGCAGCUUCUAGCAUCUGCGAAAUCGAAGGAGAUUGACGAAGUUUAUGCAAGCUUGAUGGAUAUCGAGUCACAGCACGAAAGACCUAUCGAAAGAGAUCUUUCGAGGACAAACUUUAUACCUCAAGACAAAGUGAAGUCUUUAUUUCAAGUUUUAAAGGCAUACUCUUUGUAUGACACUGAGGUAGGUUAUACUCAAGGGAUGGCAUUCAUAGCCACACCUUUACUAUUGAAUGUCGAAUCAGAAUCGGAGGCUUUUGGAUUGCUGAUAAGUCUAAUGAAAGGUUAUGGCUUGAGAGAACUGUUUCUACCUAACAUGCCAGGACUGCAUUUAAAGCUAUACCAAUUCGAUCGGUUGAUAGAAGAAAACUCGCCGAUGCUGUACAACCAUCUGGUAAGGCAAGGAGUACGAUCGUCGAUGUACGCUUCGCAAUGGUUCUUAACUUGUUUUGCAUAUAGAUUCCCACUUUGUUUCGUGCUCCGGAUACUAGAUGUUGUCUUUGCUGAGGGUAUUGAAGCCAUUUUAAAAUUUGCUGCUGUCUUGAUGAUAAGGAAUGAGAAGACGUUGCUGACUUUGCAAUUUGAUCAGUUAUUGGAAUUCCUGAAGGGUGAGCUAUUUGCUUAUUAUCUAAAGAGCUCCGUAAAGAAGCGUCAACAAUCGAAGGUUUUCAAAGGUGAUUCUAAUUCCGCGUUUUCGUUGCUGCACAAAAUCUCAUCAUCGAGUGAAUCUCACCAGUCAAAGGACGAAAUAUCAGACGAAGACUAUGCCAUCGAUGCUUUUAUCGAAGACGCCAUGCUUGAGAUCAAGAUUACGCCCAUUUCAUUGAAACGAUACUGUGCCGAGUAUGACGAAAUCCACCUUUUGGAAUCUCAGAAGGAAGCACAGUUUGAAUCUCUUCGCAUUAAGAAUAGACAGCUUCAAAACGAAGUGCGCAAGCUCGAACGCGAUCAUACCGUUUUGAAUAGGGAGCACAUCGGCAUUGCCAAUGAGCUGAUUGAGAACCGAUUGGCUUUCGAGACGCUUCAAGACGAAAAUAGAGACUUGAAGACAGACGUGAUUCGAAUCAAAGCGCAACUGCAGGAGGAAAUACGUAAGCAAUCAUUACCAAAUCCAGAUGCAGAAAUACCCACCGACCUGCGUGCAGAUUUACAAGAAACAAUGGUGCGGAACCUUGAGGUCAUGAACGCGAACCAAGAGCUGCAAGAAAGAGUUGUUAGACUAGAACGAGAGCUUUCGUCUUUGAAGCAUGCAUCAUUCCACACAACCUCUGCUGGUAAGUCUGGAAAUUGGAAGACGUUACGCAAAGUUUGGAAGUAA